AGUUCUAGAUGGCACUGUGUGUUAACGUAUCGUUUUAUUGCUGAGUUAAGUUUGUCUCGUUUUAACUCUUUUAGUUUAUACAGUAGUACAAGUAUUCGUGAAACGUGCCUUUAAGGCGAUGCAUGCGAUGCAUCUCAUUUAAUAUAAAAUAAUACAACUGACUUAUUUAUCAAAUUUUUCAUGACAGUGUUCUAAACCUCUAAAAUGAAAUUAGUUUUAUCUGCAUCGCUUAUACGACAAUAUGUAAUUGUCACAAUUGUAAAUUUAGGAUCGCUGACAACUGGCAUGAGUAUGUACUGGACAUCCCCAAUGAUUGUCAAACUGUCUAAUGGAACAGACAUUCCUUUGCCAAAACCCAUCACAGAGAGAGAAGGCUCGUGGAUAGUUUCAGGGGGUUAUUUGGCUGCAAUCGGGACGAACUUCCUAGGAGGACUUCUUAUAGAUAAAAUCGGUCGAAAGUACUGCAUCAUUUUGGUAACCGUACCCCGGAUAUGCGCAUCUGUCUGGACCAUUUUCGCUAACGAAGUGUGGAUGUUGAUACUAUGCCGAGCUGUCAUGGUAUUGACUGACUGCUACAUGUUUGUUGCUAUCCCGGUGUAUGUAUCAGAAAUCGCUAGUAAAGACCACCGCGGACCCCUUGGUGCAUUCCUACAUAUCUCAUCAUGUACGGGCAUAGUAAUAACUCUCGGUGUGGGACCAUUUCUGUCAUACGCUGUGUUCAAUGCCAUAUUAGCUGGCGUAAUAGUUAUAACGGCAUUGCCUUUGCCAUUUCUACCAGACAGCCCAUUUUACUUAUAUACCAAAGGCCGAAUCGACGAUUCAUUAACAGUUUUAUCAAAAAUUAGAGCCUCCGAUGACGUCAUCAAACAGGAAAUUGAAGAUUAUAAAUCAGCAAAAAGAGUGCAAAUCAAUACGCUGGCUUUAUUCAGAGACAAAAUAUUUUUAAAAUCUCUGUCGCUGGGGAUCUUAAUUUGCGUUGGGUCCAAUGCUAUAGGGUAUAAUGCUGUAUCAUUUUAUUUGCAAACUAUUCUGGACUCGACUAAAACCAGCGUUCAAUCUGAGCAUGCGUCAGUUGUUAUUGGUUGCAUACAACUAUUCGCCGCUUUAUGUACCUCUUUCUUUAAUAAUACUUUUGGAAGACGACCUAUAUUGAUAUACACCCUCGCUGGCUUAUUUUUAGGAAUGAUUGGACUCGGUACUUUCUUCGAAAUUACUACCAAAGAAAACUAUGUUGUGACUGGUUUUCUAAAUUAUCUUCCAAUAAUUUCUUUGAUAGUUUGUACCUAUUGCUUUAAUGUCGGUAUCGGCUGUCUAAUCUUUGUAGUUACAGCUGAACUAUUCGAAGGAGCAGCACGGGCUAUCGGUGUCUCGAUAUGCAUUCUAGUAUCUCUACUAAUAGUAUUCUUGACUACCAACUACUUUUCUGAAAUGGCUCUAAAAUUAGGGCCCUCUAACACUUACUGGUUCUUCAGUGCGAUGUGUGCAUUAGUUUGCACAUUAAUAUACUUUUUUAUUCCUGAAACUAAAGGGAAAACUUUCAGCGAGAUUCAAACAGCCUUGGGCAGAAAAAAUAAUGAAACUGAGGACAAAGAAAGACAAACUUGUUAGGCUGCUUUUUAUUUAAAUUGAUUUAAUGAAUCCAACGAUUAAAAAGUCACAAUAUUAUUAAGGGAAUUUCUUAUAACCUAGUAGCAGUAUUCGCCAAAAUUACUGCAAUGCCUAUUUCAGUGCUCAGACCAAAGAACUAUUUUUCGUACGUAAUUCAAAUUAAUUAUAAUGUGAAUGUAAGCUAAUUGUUUUAUUAAUAUAAUUAAAAGAAGGGAGAUACGCCCGUCCCAAGGGUGCCUCUAAAAGGCCAGAUCUCAGCUAGGACGUCGUUGAAGGGGAGGAUGGAUGGGAACUAUACCGACGUGAUUUAUACGAUGUUAGGAGCAAUGACAUUAUUUCUUACUUGGUAUUUAAAAUCUGAUUCUCACAGCAAGGAGACAGUCCUCACAGUAUGUUGACAUUUUAUUCAUACAAUGAUGUUACUCCAGCGGCAUCGUCCUAUUUUUUAUUAUAUAUUAACUAUCUGCUGGACUUUGGCAAGGUUAAAAAGAAUCUCUAUGAAACGUUCAAUCAAAACAGUUGUAGUCUUAAAUUCCUUUAAUUUUCUUUUCCAUUAACAAAUAAUAAGUAAUUCAUCUUUGUGAAUAAUUCCAUAAAUUUGCAAAAUAACAUAGAUUUAAAGGAAGGUGAAGUUGUGUGAUAGACCUUAUUGCAAGGUUAAAAUAUCCAAAAAGCCUGUAUUAUAAUGAAAAGGUUCCUCGCGUGUUAAGAUAUAAUAAAUUGAGAGACAAAAAUUAAAGCAAAUAAUUUUGUAUAAUUUUAUAUACUGUAAAUAUAAAAUAAUAAUGAGAAUAUUAUAGUAAUGCCAACAUUUA